AUGGUGUUCGUGAGAGUCACAUCCACACAGCGUGCACUUACAUCAAUUAUAUUCUGCCUUCUGCAUGCUGCCGCUGCCACGCCAACCCCCAACAGCACCCACAGCGGUACUCUCGAAGGCGUCGACGACAGUAUUCCUUCACUUCAUGCAACGUCUGCGUCGAUUGACAGAUACGAGUCAGAACUCCCCAGGGACUGGCUACAAUCUGAGAGAAUUUGUUCCCCGUUUGACUUAAUGGAGGAUCACUUCAGACAUUAUGCUUCAAUACCAUUGUUGUUAUUAACUCUGAGUCGCAAGGAUUCUUGCGAGGAGCUGGAGAGAGAGAGACAAGUGGUGGAACUGGACAGCCACCAUAACCUGUUUCCUGAGUGGCUUGUGGACGCUACUGUCGCUGGGGAGUGCCCCUGGGAGCUGGUGAUACGAGACUUCAUUCCCGGGACUGUGCCACCUUCCAUUAUAGAAGUAGUGUGUCUGUGUGACGGUCACCACUGCUCACGUGGAGGUGACUUCCAGUGCACUCCCGUCACACGUAACGUCAAAAUAUGGACCAGCGAACCUCUUUACCUGGGUGUGUUUCGACCGCGGAUAGUGACGGUGACGACAGCGUGUGUGUGUGCUCAAAGGCAGAUUCCUCGAGGCGGGGAAGCAGAACUUGGCUUGGUACACUAGUUCU